UAUCUGCACCCCUCCUUUUUUACAAAAACGCGUCGGGUUUUAUUUAUAAAUCACAUUGUUCGACGAGUAGCUAUAUGUUGUGAAUUUUGUUAACGUAAGGAAAAAAAAAAACUUCAGCGUGCAGCAUUUGUAUGUUGUCGGUCGCUCGACGAGAGCUGGGAAAAAGAAACAGAGUUGUCAGAGAUACCGCAACAAAUAAUAGUACGGGCAAAAGUGGAAUUCCCCCGAAAAAAUAGCUCUGCACGAGAAAAGAAUACCAUCAUCGUCGUCUUCGUUGUCCAAGAGGAAACAAUAAACCGUGGAUGCAUGGUAGCAUAGCGUCGUAACCCGCGCGGGACGAUGGGAUUCGGGUUACUGUUUCUAGUCGGGCUGGCUUUCGUUGUCUGCGCCGCCUCGUCACUUUUGUACCGAGACCGCAUUGACAAGUGCUGUGGCUCAGAAGACGUGCUCGUUCUCAAUGACACUGGUUACCUACAGUGCGUACAAACGGCCGAAGGACAUCAGGUGCAGGCGCUGCCCGACAUUCGGCACGACGAGGACACAAAGGGCGUACUGCCCAAGUGUAACAAAUCGAGCUACCUCGAGCUGUGGGAAUAUUACAACGAGGCCGAUGACUCUGCUAACGACGACGACAACAGCAACGCCUGCCUGGACGUAUUUUUCGACGAAAAGUCCCACCAAGAUUUCCCGGUGGUGAUCCGCUGCAGUCCCAUCGCCAUCGAAAUGACGGAGCCUGUGCCAUCGCAACCCGCGCCACAGCUCUUGAAUUUGCGUAAAUGCUGCCCAGAUGACGGCUACUAUUACGACUUUGACAAAAAGUUCUGCGUUAAACGGACCGAGGUGCUCUUUGGACGCUGGAACCUCAGUGGAAUCGAUUUUAUCAAUGCCCAACGGGGACCGCCCACCUGCGAGCACGCGCUCGUCGACUUCAGGGUCCCGUUGAACAACGUUUACUACACCUCCACUGAUACCAUGGUAAAAUGGGCAUUGUAUCCACCGUUCGAGGGGAGCUUGCGUACUUUGAACAAAUGCAAUUUUCAGAUCGCGAUUCCGGGGAACGGCUACGGCAGGAGAAACGUCACCGUCGACGAGACGAGCGCGUGCUUGGACGUCGACGCGUCCCCGGAUCACAUCGUAGCGAGGAUUUGUCGAGGUUUAGAUUACUGCAAAGCCAAUCCUUGCGUCAGAAAGUGCUGCUUGAAUAGCAAAGUUGACGAUACCAUGUGUAUGGACAAUUUCGAUACCGGGAACAUUGAGAACUUUCGUACCUCGGUAGCCCGCGCUGUGGAGAGAAGCAACGCCACGCCUGCCCGUGAUACUCAAAGUUUGUGUUGUAAAUACUACGGCCUAUUGUUUGGAAAGCCGUGCAAGAAUAUGUACGCCGUUACCGAGGAAGAAGUUUGGGAAAUCGGACCGAUGGGGGAGAUCCUGGUGCGGAAUCCAGUGACUCAGAUCUAUGGUCACGCCAACUCUUGUCUGGAAUUUUUUAAUAGCAAUGGGACUUUUAUCGACGCCGGCUUGCAGCCUUUCGUCUGUUUUGAAUACGACGACCAUAGGGAUCGAUCCUACGCCGUGACAACGACUUUACAGUUGAUCAGUUGUUUCUUUGCUCUCGCAACUCUGUUGGUGUACAUGUGGCUGCCCUCUUUACAAAAUCUACACGGCAAAACAAUCAUGUGCCACGUGGCGAGUUUAUUUUUCGCUUACGCCUGUCUGGCGUUCAUCACCAUCACGACAAAUAAUAUACUCGACGAUCUGAACUCUGAACUCGCUGACAUUAGUUGUUUGUAUUUAGGCUACGUCAUGCUGUUUUGGUUCUAUGCGACUUUCUUGUGGCUCAACGUCAUGUGCUUUGAUAUCUGGUGGACGUUCGGGGGCCUGCACAGAGCAGCAAAUCCGACGAGUAAGAGGGCGCAACAGAGAAACAGGUUCCUGAUCUACUGCCUCUACUCCUGGGGCGUUAGCCUUCUCCUGACUGGACUCACCGUUGCCGUGGACAGACUGGGCCUCUUGCCCUCCAACUUUGGACGCGAGAGGUGUUGGUUCGACAAGAGCACGGUGCUAGAGGUGGUGGUUUUCAUCACCCCGGUGAGUAUAACGCUCCUCGUCAACACGGCGCUGUUUACCACGACGGCGCGCCGCUGCAGUAAAGUCAAGGCGGAAAUCAAACGAGUCACUGCUAACGAGAGGGACCCUAAAGCGCGAAGAUUCCAUUCCGACAGAACGAGGUUGAUAAUGAACUUCAAGCUAUUCAUCGUGAUGGGAAUCCCAUGGCUGCUGGAUAACGCGACAUCCUACCCUAACCACUACAACAUGAUGCCAUGGUGGCUGAACCAAGUGGCCUUUGCGUCGGACGUGGUGAAUUCACUGCAGGGCCUCUGGAUCUUCAUCCUAUUGGUUCUCAAGCCAAAGGUAUACCGGGCGCUCCAGAAACGCUUUGGCAACCCACAAAAUAAACGCGGCAACAUGACUCUGACCGUCACUACCUCGAACCCUCGGAAGAGCUUAAGCAGCAGUAGCACCCUCAACUUUAGGCUCAGCUCUAGCUCUUGAUACACACUUGGUUACACCGUGCGCGCGUAAUGAUAACGCCCUCCCUGUAGGUAGGCCAACUCCAUUACAGACAGCUUCGUAUGCGAUUUCUACAUCAUAAUUUUUUAUAUAAUUAUAUACGCAAAAGGCGAAGUGAGCAUUCACGCGGACAUCAAUAGAAGGAUCGUUCCUCAAACUUUUGCUUUGACGUCGAAACCAAAACGAAACGAAGAAUUUAAUGGAAAUGGAGACUAAUUGAUUUGUCUUUACUGCAUUUAUUUAUUUAUUUAGUUUUAUUAUGGUAAACAGGCAUUGGUGUGAUGAAACAAUUGUAUUCAUUGCUGUGACGCUUAAGAAAUAUAUACCUGUACUCAAUGUAUAUACAUAUUGUUAUGUCGUUAAUUAUUGUUGUAUUGAUGUAUCUUAAAAUUGUAAAUGCUAAGGGCAAAUAUAUAAAUUUCAAGCAUGAAUUAAUGAUUGAAAAAUAUUAAGGCAAUACGUUUGCUUUAAAGGCAGAAUAAUUUUUAUUUCGACCAAACGUCAUAGCGAAUUUUUCAACUUUCAAAAUCGGAUUUUGUACUGACUUAUGUAUGUGUAUAUGUAUGUUUCGCCCGGAUUAAGUUUAAUUGCUCCCAAUUUAUUUCAAAGUAUCUCGACUCUAAACUUUUGUUCGCCAGAACUAGAGAAAUUUUUUUUUCCACGCUCCAAUGCAACUUAUCAUUUUUACUUUUGAAGUCGAUGGAUUU